AAAUCCAACAAAACUUUGAGUCAAAAUUCCAACGUAGUACAGUAAAAUUUGUGUUCCUAUCCGCGUAAACAGAACAUGUCUGGAAUGGAUAAAAUUCCGUGUCCUCGCUAUUAAUUAAACACCACAGUGCAACUAUAAAUACUUGUUAGUUGUUACCAAACCUCGCUAACUCCAACCUCAUUCAAUUCAACUUUCAUCCUUAUCCUGUUUCAUUACUGUUCCAUUUCACAUAACUUCUGUCAUUUCUUCAACUCCACUUUAACCUUCUGCUGCCAAUAUGACGAUCACGGCGGCGCCGGCGCUCAAGGACGGGUGCCUUACGGCCAGGGGCAAGGUGGUUCUGACCCACGUCCCCGGAAACAUUGUGCUUUCUCCUCUUGGAACAGCUUCCGCUUUUCUGGGUGCAACUUCGACCAUUUCAAGUUCCCGUCACGUUUUCAAUCUGGGCAUUCUCCAGGGAUAUAAGUUGCUAUGUUUGUUCAGAGAGAAAAUCUGGUGGAUGAUACCACGUAUAGGGAGAUCUGCAAGUGAUGUUCUGAUGGAAACUCAAUUGCUGCUCCUGGAAGCAAGAGAAGAGUCUGCGCUUGAGGAUGAGUUUUCUUCUGACUCCGAAGAGCCAACUACGGAGAACACUUGCUACAUUCUCUUCUUGCCUGUUUUGGAUGGACAGUUCCGCGCAACUUUGCAAGGAACUCAAUCAAAUGAGCUUCAGUUCUGCAUUGAAAGUGGAGAUGCCCACGUUCAAACUUCCCAAUCAUUUGAAGCAGUAUUUGUAAAUUCAGGGAACAAUCCAUUUGAGUUAAUCAGGGAUUCUAUCAAGAUAUUGGAGAAACACAAAGGAACUUUCUGUCAUCUUGAAAACAAGAGUAUUCCUGCACAUCUUGAUUGGUUUGGAUGGUGCACUUGGGAUGCUUUUUACACCGAAGUAACUCCACAAGGAAUAAGAGAGGGCCUUCAAAGUCUCUCAAACGGGGGUUGUUCGCCAAAGUUUAUCAUCAUUGAUGAUGGAUGGCAAGAGACGAUCAAUACUUUUCAGAAAGAGGGUGAACCAAUGAUUGAAGGAACCCAGUUUGCAACCAGACUGGUAGACAUUAAAGAAAACAAAAAGUUCAACAACGCAGGCUCCGACAAUUCUUGUAACAAUCUCCACGAUUUUGUUGACUCUAUCAAACAGAAUAUGAAUGUAAAAUACGUUUACAUGUGGCAUGCUUUAGCUGGUUAUUGGGGAGGUGUACUCCCAUCAUCAGAUGCAAUGAAGAAAUAUAAUCCAAAGCUUGCAUAUCCAAUUCAGUCAUCUGGUAUCACAGGGAACCUUAGAGAUAUAGCCAUGGACAGCUUGGAAAAAUAUGGAGUGGGAAUCAUCGAACCACAAAAUCUGUAUGACUUUUACAAUGACUAUCACAGUUACCUUGCCAGCUGUGGCGUGGAUGGAGUCAAAGUAGAUGUCCAAAAUUUGAUAGAAACGUUGGGUUCUGGGUAUGGUGGACGUGUUUCAUUAACCAAACGUUAUCAUGAAGCACUAGAGCAAUCUGUAACAAGGAACUUUAAGGACAACAACCUCAUUUGCUGCAUGUCUCACAACUCUGAUUCAAUUUACAGUUCUAAGAAGAGUGCAGUGGCUAGAGCAUCUGAGGAUUUCAUGCCAAGAGAACCAACAUUUCAAACCUUGCACAUUGCCUCUGUUGCCUUUAACAGUCUUCUUCUGGGAGAGAUAUUUGUGCCGGACUGGGACAUGUUCCAUAGCAAACACGAGACAGCUGAGUUCCAUGCUGCAGCAAGAGCAAUAAGUGGCUGUGCUGUAUAUGUUAGUGACAAGCCUGGAAAUCAUGAUUUCAAAAUCCUCAAGAAGCUAGUACUACCUGAUGGAUCCGUCUUGAGAGCAAGAUAUGCCGGCCGUCCUACUCGAGAUUGUUUAUUUGAAGACCCUGUAAUGGAUGGUAAAAGUCUGCUGAAAAUUUGGAAUUUGAAUGUCCUGACUGGGGUUAUAGGCAUCUUCAAUUGCCAAGGAGCAGGAAGCUGGCCACUGAAAUCAUUAGAAGCCACACCCUUGCGCAUAACCAUUUCAGGGAAAGUGAGACCCCUUGAUGUUGAAUUUCUUGAAGAGGUUGCUGGUGAUAAUUGGAAUGGAGAUUGCAUAGUAUAUGCCUUCAAUGCAGGCUUGCUUUCCAAGGUGUCGACCAGAGGAAAACUAGAAGUGUCCCUAGAGACUCUCCAAUGUGAAAUAUAUACAGUAUCUCCAAUCAGGGUGUUUGGUCAUGAAGUGCAAUUUGCACCAAUAGGGUUGCUUGACAUGUACAAUUCGGGAGGAGCAGUAGAAGCCCUUGACUGCACCAUGGAUGUUGCACAGUGCAUAAUAAAGAUCAAAGGUAGAGGGUGUGGCAGUUUUGGAGCCUACUCCAACGUUAGACCGAAACGUUGUCUAGUGAACAUGAAGGAGGAGGAGUUCUCCUACAACCCUGAAGAUGGAUUAUUGACCAUUAAACUUGGUGGUGAAGGCAAUUCAAGGGACAUAGAGUUUGUAUACUGAGGUGGCUCUGUUAAGUCAGAAUAAAUGUAUUCUGAUUCUUCUUCAUCUGUAUUUUCCCCUCUUUGCUUAACCGGCUAAGACUGAAGUAAGCUUAUACAGAUUUUUUUUUUGGUGUUGUAACAAAAAAAAAAUGACUUCUUUAAUUUUGAUGUAUUGUAGUGUAUAUAUAUUUUUGUAGGGAUUGUAUAAUCUAUGUAUUCAUCAGCGUGCGACAUUAUUAUGGUGUUAUACUUAUAUACGUGCAUAUAAUCAUGGUUGUUAAGCAUUAAAUGGAUCUCGGAAUUUCUAGA